ACUUUUCAAGGUAGAAAUGUCUGAAAAUAUAGUGUUUUAUUCCGAAACUAAGUCCAUUAUAGAGACUGUUAUAAAGACUACUAUUGAUGUUAUUGGAAGUUCAAAAGAAGAAAACGCCACAAAGGAGACAAAUGUGAGACGUAAGCCAGAUUUUGACAGCAUUGUGGGGAUGUUGGCUCAGGAGGCAACAAGAAAGAUCAACACCAUUUUCACCCAGCUGUCAUCACUUCUGCACAACGAAAACAAGACCUUGAAGUCCAAAAUGGGGCAGCUGGAGAGCGAGCUGACAACUAUGACUGCAAAUUAUGAAAAUGCCAGAACAUGGAGAGAAAAUGUCUUAAAUGGUUGCCCGGUUCUUUUCGAGGAGACUGGAUUGAUCUUCACCUUGAAGCCAUUUGGGAAUUUAAAAAGAAAACCAGAUAAAAUAACAGGAGUCAUAGAAUCGCCACCUGCUGCUGGAUUGACGAGUGGACGGGAUGCUGGUGGUGCACAGGAGACAAAGGAGUUGAUCUCUGAAGCCGAAUCAUCACCAGCCAGUAGACGAGACACUGCAGAGGAUUGUACCACGACAAACACCACAGAGCCCAAAACUACUGACAGCCAGAACACACAAGAGGCUGAAAUCCAGAAGAAAGGAAAGAUGUUUGUAUGCGACGUCUGUAACAGGAGCUUCAGCCGGCAGUUCCAUCUGAUGAAGCACAUGAACACUCACAAAGAACAGAGGCCUUUUGCCUGCGACCAGUGCCCGAGAAAGUUCAGGAACACUGAAACCUUUGAGCACCACCUGCUGCGCCAUGAGGAGAAGAAAUAUACAACCUUCAAGUGUUCCCUCUGCGAGAAGACAUUCAAAACAAAAAUGCGCCUCAAGGCUCAUCAGCUUGUGCACACCGAUAUGAGACCUUUCACCUGCUCCGUCUGCAGGAAGGGAUUCAAAACUAAACACAACCUGCAGGCUCAUCAGGUCGUGCACAGCGUGGAGAAGCCGCACAAAUGCUCCGAGUGUGGGGAGACUUUCAGGUAUGCGUUCACGCUGCAGUGCCAUAAAAGCAUUCACACAGGAGAGCAUCCUUACAAAUGCACCGUGUGUGGCAAAGCUUUUACAAAGAGGAGAUCACUGAGGACGCACCAGUCUGUCCACAGAGGGAAAAUCUUUACAUGUGAGACGUGCGGAGCUGGUUUCACUCUUCAGCACAACCUGAAGAGACACAUUCGCAUUCACACAGGGGAGAGGCCGUUUAAAUGUACAGUCUGCGGGAAGAGUUUCAUUCAGGACAACAAGCUGAAAGCCCACAUGCUCCUUCACGGUGCUUCCAAGUCCUUCAUGUGCGACCUGUGUGGGAAAACGUUUCUUUACAACUGCCAGCUGCAGAAACACCAGAAGGUGACCCACGACGAAAGACACGGGCAGGUCAUCAGAAGACGAACCCAGGAGCGAGCUAACCGCAGAGUUAUCUAUCGAAGGGACAGGACGACGGUAGACGUGACGCCGUUCACCUGCAAGACUUGCCGCAAGGGCUUCGACACGGCGAGCUCACUGAAAAGACACGAGCUGAUUCACAUGGGUAAGCUGCAAUACAACUGCGACACAUGCGGGAAGUCUUUUUUCUACAAGGCCACCUACGAUUACCAUCAACGGACCCACUCUGGAGAGAGGCCCUUCGGCUGCGAGGUGUGCGGGAAGAGGUUCAUCAUCCUUCAGGCUCUCAAGUCCCACAAACUGCAGCACUCCGGAGACAAACCACAUACUUGCGAUCAGUGCGGCAAGGCGUUCAGGAUCUACACCAACUACCUGAGACACUUGCGGAUCCACACCGGGGAGAAACCGUAUGAGUGUGAAGUUUGCGGCGUGAGGUUCAGGCAGCUCGGACACGUUAAGUUUCACAUGCAAGUGCACACGGGAGAGCGGCCAUACUCGUGCAGCAGCUGUGGACUCGGAUUUUCAGACUCAAGACUGCUCAAGAAACACAACUGUGCUGAGAAAUAUCAGAAAAUGUUGGGGAACACACUCGAUACGCCCUGAAUCUGAACACCUGGUUAUGA